AUGCCCAACAGCAGCAAAAGCUGUGAUUCCUCACAAGCCACAGAGUACAUCACAUCCCUCUUCAGCUACAGCAGCAACAGCUGUGAUUCCCAACAAGCCACAGAGGUCAUCAUAUCCCUCUACAGCUACAGUAGCAACAGCUGUGAUUCCCCACAAGCCACAGAGGUCAUCACAUCCCUCUUCAGCUACAGCAGCAACAGCUGUGAUUCCCCACAAGCCACGGAGGUCACCACAUCCCUCUUCAGCAACAGUAGCAACAGCUGUGAUUCCCCACAAGCCACAGAGGUAAUCACAUCCCUCUACAGCUACAGUAGCAACAGCUGUGAUUCCCCACAAGCCACAGAGGUCAACACAUCCCUCUUCAGCAACAGUAGCAACAGCUGUGAUUCCCGACAAGCCACAGAGGUCAUCACAUCUCUCUUCAGCUCCAGCAGCAACAGCUGUGAUUCCCCACAAGCCACAGAGGUCACCACAUCCCUCUUCUGCAACAGCAGCUACAGUAGCAGCAGCUGUGAUUCCCCACAAGCCACAGAGGUCAUCACAUCUCUCUUCAGCAACAGUAGCAACAGCUGUGAUUCCCCACAAGCCACAGAGGUCAUCAUAUCCCUCUUGAGCUACAGCAGCAACAGCUGUGAUUCCCCACAAGCCACAGAGGUCAACACAUCCCUCUACAGCUACAGCAGCAACAGCUGUGAUUCCCCACAAGCCACAGAGGUCAACAAAUCCCUCUUCAGCUACAGCAGCUACAGCUGUGAUUCCCCACAAGCCACGGAGUACAUCACAUCCCUCUUCACCUACAGCAGCAACAGCUGUGAUUCCCCACAAGCCACAGAGGUCAUCACAUCCCUCUUAAGCUACAGCAGCAACAGCUGUGAUUCCCCACAAGCCACAGAGGUCAACACAUCCCUCUUAAGCUACAGCAGCAACAGCUGUGAUUCCACACAAGCCACAGAGGUCAACACAUCCCUCUACAGCUACAGCAGCAACAGCUGUGAUUCCCCACAAGCCACAGAGGUCAUCACAUCUCUUUUCAGCUACAGCAGCAACAGCUGUGAUUCCCCACAAGCCACAGAGGUCAUCACAUCCCUCUUAAGCUACAGCAGCAACAGCUGUGAUUCCCCACAAGCCACAGAGGUAAUCACAUCUCUCUUCAUAUUCAGCAGCAACAGCUGUGAUUCCCCACAAGCCACAGAGGUCAACACAUCCCUCUACAGCUACAGCAGCAACAGCUGUGAUUCCCCACAAGCCACAGAGGUCAUCACAUCCCUCUACAGCUACAGCAGCAACAGCUGUGAUUCCACACAAGCCACAGAGGUCAACACAUACUUCUUCAGCUACAGCAGCAACAGCUGUGAUUCCACACAAGCCACAGAGGUCAACACAUCCCUCUACAGCUACAGCAGCAACAGCUGUGAUUCCCCACAAGCCACAGAGGUCAUCACAUCCCUCUACAGCUACAGCAGCAACAGCUGUGAUUCCCCACAAGCCACAGAGGUAAUCACAUCUCUCUUCAUAUUCAGCAGCAACAGCUGUGAUUCCCCACAAGCCACAGAGGUCAACACAUCCCUCUACAGCUACAGCAGCAACAGCUGUGAUUCCCCACAAGCCACAGAGGUCACCACAUCCCUCUUCAGCUACAGCAGCAACAGCUGUGGUUCCCCACAAGCCACAGAGGUCAUCACAUCCCUCUUCAGCAACAGCAGCAACAGCUGUGAUUCCACACAAGCCACAGAGGUCAUCACAUCCCUCUUCAGCAACAGCAGCAACAGCUGUGAUUCCACACAAGCCACAGAGGUCAUCACAUCCCUCUUCAGCAACAGCAGCGACAGCAGCAACAGCUGUGAUUCCCCACAAGCCACAGAGGUCAUCACAUCCCUCUUCAGCAACAGCAGCAACAGCUGUGAUUCCACACAAGCCACAGAGGUCAUCACAUCCCUCUUCAGCAACAGUAGCAACAGCAGCAACAGCUGUGAUUCCCCACAAGCCACAGAGGUCAUCACAUCCCUCUUCAGCUACAGUCCACCAGCUGUACCCCAUGUGCGGAGGAGGCCACCGCUCCGAGCCCCGCCAGCCUUGUCCCUGGGUCGCGCUGACAUCCGCUCCUAUCUCGCCUUUCAAUUGUGCAUCAUUGGAAAUCUGGGGGUCAUAACAAAGUAA